AAAGAGGCAGAGAGAGGACCCCACACAGCACCAUCUUCAACCCUAACUCUAAUAAUCUUCGAUCCUUUUCUCUCUCUCUCUCUCUCUCUCUUUCUCUCUGAGCUUUCCAUGAAAAGCGUCGGGAAAAUGGGGAAAUACAUAAAGAAGAGCAAACUCGACGGAGAAGCUAUAUCCCUUAUGGACGUCUCUCCUGGUGUUCUCACUCGAGCUAAGUCCCUAGCUCUCCAGCGCCGCCUUCAAAAGCCCUCGCCUUCCUCCUCCUCGCCGUCGAAACAGAAGACGCCGACGGAUUGCGGCGGCGGCGGAGGCGGAGGCUCGUAUCUUCAGCUAAGGAGCCGUCGGCUACAGAAGAAGCCGCCGAUUGUAGUGAUUCGUCGGAGAAAGAAGCAGAGGAGGGUCCGAAACCCUAAUUCCCAAAAUCAGGAUUCGGGUCGUGGGUCUGGGUCUGGUGAUGGGUCUAGGUCGGAUUCGGUUGCGGAGAGUGUUGUGUGUGGUAAAGCGAAGGACUUUAAUGGUGAAAUCAACAUGGAUGAGCUUCGGACCACAAGGGAAUCCACGCCAUGCAGUUUGAUGAGAAAACCGGAAUCCAUCACAAGCCCGGGUUCAUCUCCAAAGCUUAACACUGGUGUAAGUGAUGACAGCAACGACCAAAGAGAAGAGAGUUUGUCUGGCAGCCGUUGUCACCUACCAACCACACCUGAAAUGGACGAGUUCUUCUCUUGUGCUGAAGAAGAACAACAAAAGCAAUUCAUUGACAAGUACAACUUUGAUCCUGUGAACGAACAACCACUACCAGGACGGUUUGAAUGGAAGAAGAUAGAUGAUUAGAAACAACCAAAACGAAAGGGUGGUGGGGUGUUAAUAGUUAACAUUUUCCUGCUAAUUAUCGGUUUGAUCUUUCUUUCCAUCAUCCGUUUUAACUUGUAAAGAACUUAGGAUAAAAACCCAUCUAGCGUUUUUAAACUGGUGUCUGUAACACAAGUGGCUGAGAAGGGUUUGUGUAACACAGAACUGAUACCAAUCCUUUUCAGGUCUAAACAGAUCACCUUAGUAGUAGUACUAAACCAUAAGAGAAGGUUAACCCAAAGUCUGUUUAGGGUUUAGGGGUUUAGAGUUCUUUCGGUUAAUGGCUAGUGAAGUCUUUUUUAUAACUCUUUGUCUUGUAUCCAUUUGUGGUGUAUACAUGUACUGAUCUGAAAACUCUUUUCAAUAAAGACUUAUCCUUCUCUGUCUU